AUGGGAGGAAUAUCUCGAUUGCGUACUGCGCUUCAACAGCUGGCCACUGAUUUUAACCGUAUCUCUCGAUUAUCGGUCACAACCCGUACUCCAGCUUCUGCAAGCAGCAAUGAGCCUUGA